UAAAACAGAAUUACAGUGCGCAGUGCCAGUAUGCACUCAUCACCAAUAUGGUUUCCAGUUCUUUCAUUGCAUCCUUAUUAUAUAUAGUUCCCGCUCCCUCCCCAUUUUCUUGCUUCAUUUUUGUCUCUCCCUAUUCGCUGUAGCAAUUCUACUCUCCUAUCCCAAACGACGGACGAAGUGCCUUGAAAGAAUGUCAUCUUUCACAUCACUGAACUUUCUAGAAGUUACAAAUGAAGCAGGAGCGGCUCCUCGUCCGCCUUCUUCGACUCCGUUUUCUGAAGAUAGUGAGAAAGAAGUAGAAGCUUCGUCGGGGAAAGAGGUGGAACCAGUGGAUUCUUUGAAUUUGAUCGACCUUCAACAGAAAGAAGAACGCACCACGCUGAUUGAGGAGCAGCUUUCGGAGACUCUGGAGAAAGAAAGUGACCAAGUGAGCGAGAAAUCAUCUGAUUUUAUCGUGUUUCGGAAGUGUAAGUUUGCUGAGAAUUCUCUACCCUCACAAGAGAAAAAUAUUUUCAAAGACGACGGGGUUUCUGAAUAUGUUGAGAAACCUUCGUCAGGUUCUUUAGAAACUGACAACGUAAAAUCAACUAAUAAUGGUAAGGCAUCCCUUGAAUCAAGAGAGGGAGGAACUUCAUAUACACGAAAAGAGAAAUGUCAAGACUCUGUUGGAAACGAAGAGUCAUAUACAUCGCAGGAAGAAAAUGAAUCGACUGAGAAACCGGAGGAAAAGCUGAAGAAGACGGUGAGAGUUCAUAGCAACGAGAAUAUAUCUGAUAACACCAGCGUGGCUCAUACGUCCUUGAAGUCGUGUGCUAGCGUAGGCACAGGUUUUGAGAAGAACUUUGAACUGAAUAGCAUACUUUCUGCUAUUAGAUCGAACGGCUUUCUUGAGGGGAGAGCGGAGAAUGGUGCGAUGGUGGAAGAAGCGUGGGAAACAAUCCAGAAAUCUUACGUAUAUUACAAAGGCAAGCCUGUAGGUACCCUUGCGGCUAUGGAUCCUACUGCCGAGGCUUUAAAUUACAAUCAGGUUUUUGUAAGAGACUUUGUUCCCAGCGGUUUAGCCUGUCUAAUGCGAUCAGCCAGUGCUGGUGGUGAUCCAGUAAUAGUGAAAAACUUCCUGUUAAAGACUCUUCAUCUUCAAGGCUGGGAGAAAAGGAUAGACAACUUCACACUUGGAGAAGGUGUCAUGCCUGCCAGUUUUAAAGUUCUUUAUGAUUCGCAUCGGCAAAAGGAAACCUUGGCUGCAGAUUUUGGUGGCAGUGCAAUAGGAAGAGUUGCUCCUGUUGACUCUGGGUUCUGGUGGAUUAUACUGCUAAGAUCAUAUACCAAGUGCACACAGGAUUAUACACUUUCAGAAAUGCCUGAGGUGCAAAGAGGAAUGAAGCUGAUUCUUAACCUUUGCCUUUCAGAUGGAUUUGACACUUUUCCGACACUUCUGUGUGCAGCUGGGUGUAGCAUGAUUGAUAGGAGGAUGGGAAUUUAUGGAUAUCCAAUUGAAAUCCAAGCGCUCUUCUAUUUUGCACUGAGGUGUUCAAGGCAGAUGCUGAAACCAGAACGAGAUGGCAAGGAACUCAUUGAGCGCAUUAAUAACCGCAUCACAGCUCUCAGUUAUCACAUCCAAAAAUACUACUGGUUAGAUUUCACACAGUUAAACAACAUAUAUCGUUACAAAACUGAAGAGUAUUCCCACACAGCAGUCAACAAGUUCAAUGUAAUCCCUGAGUCCAUUCCUGAUUGGGUGUUUGAUUUUAUGCCCUUACGAGGGGGAUAUCUGAUUGGUAAUGUCAGCCCAGCUCGAAUGGACUUCCGCUGGUUUUUGGUUGGAAACUGCAUUGCAAUCUUGAGUUCACUAGUCACACCUGCACAAGCAACUGCAAUUAUGGAUUUGAUUGAGGAGCGUUGGGAGGACUUGAUAGGAGAGAUGCCUUUGAAGAUCGUUUAUCCAGCACUGGAGGGUCAUGAUUGGAGAACUGUUACUGGAUUUGAUCCAAAGAAUACACGAUGGAGUUACCAUAAUGGUGGAACAUGGCCAGCUCUGAUAUGGCUACUCACAGCAGCAUGUAUAAAGACCGGAAGACCUCAAAUUGCAAAACGAGCCAUAGAGCUGACGGAACAGCGCCUUUCAAAAAAUGGAUGGCCGGAGUACUAUGAUGGUAAGUCUGGGCGUUAUGUUGGGAAACAAACGAGGAAAUAUCAGACAUGGAGCAUUUCUGGCUACUUGGUCGCCAAGCUGAUGAUUGAGAACCCAGCCAACCUCCCCAUUAUCUCUCUUGAAGAAGAAAAAAGGAUUUCCAAGCCAAAGCUCACCCGCUCUAUCUCUUUCUAAGAAACAAGAGGAAAGGGAUAUUCUUGCAAAUUCUCUACAUUAGCAAUUUAUUUUUUCUUUUAAAGAAUGACGGUGAGAAAUGAGAAUGUAUCCA